ACUUCCCUCUGCGCGUCACUGCAGAGCGCUCCAGAGACUGAAAUCUGAUCUCCCUUAAUUUUCUCUCUCUCUCUCUCUCUCUCUCUCUCUCUCAGCUCUGCCACUGGCUCUCCGCUGGCAGUUCAAGUCUACGAGCCAAGCUUUCACACACAUACACACACUCACAGAGCUCAGCAAACCAAAAAGUACUGCUACACACGGGACCGACGAAGCCAAGCAGCACCUCUGGAGAACAGUGUACAGCCCCGGUCUGUAAAGAAAUAUACUCUGCUGACCUUACAGGGCAGGAACUCUCCUUGAAGACAAGAAACAGUACUGGGCAAACGAGGUGGAUUCUUUCUGCUUUUUAAAAACAAACCUGAGAGCCCCAAGAAGGAACAAAAUAGAGUAAAUGCAGAAACAAAAUUGCUAAAGAAAAGGUCCAUAUGCUGCUAAGCAAAGGAUUGUUUACCGCAGGCACGACUGAGUCCUAAACUGAAUCCAAGAGAUUGCCAUUUCUACAGGCGUUGACAAGCAGCCCCGAGUUUUCAUUUCUGGGUUUCACGCUGGAUUUACAAAUGACUUGAAUAUUCUGAGUAAGCUUUUAUUUACCAUCGUUUUUACACCGCUGGAGGAAAACAAAACCUUGAACUCUGCUGCUGGGACCUGAGGCAUUUCUGAGCGAGUCGGAAUUGGCACCUCUUAACUUGGAAACAUAAGUUUUUGCGACCACUGGUCAGGAAGAGUGCACAGAGCGACCGCAGUCAGCAGCGCAAGCACAGCGCCCAUGCCUGUGAGGGGCGCGCACAGAUGAUGUCCAAGGCUGGGCAGGGCGUCAACAGUCGGACUGGCAGCAGCUGCAGAGGAAUGAUCGCCCUGUGCUACGCACUCUGUAUCUGUUUAGUCACCGCCUCUGGCAUCCCAGCAGCCAGGCUCCACAUCUCAGACCCUGAGGCAAAGACCAGCACACGCUCUCCCCCAAGAACAGACACAUUGGGAAGCCAGCGUACUGUCCUGGAGGAGAUCAUUCUCGGCAAUGGAGACACCCUGGACCUGUCUUGCAAUUCCCAAGGCUCCUCGCUGGCUCUGGUGUGGUUGAAAGAUGGACUCAGAAUCCUGCCCAACAACACAACCCAAGUAGGGCAGAAAUGGCUGAAGAUUAUCAACGUUUCCUACGAUGAUUCUGGAGUCUACUCCUGCAAACUCUGGGGAACCAAUGAGAUUCUGAGCAACUUCACAAUAAAAGUCGCAGAUUCUUUGUCUUCAGGUGAUGAUGAAGAUGAUGAUGAUGAUGGGACUGAGGAUACAGGAGCUCCGUACUGGGCCCGACCCGACCGGAUGGAGAAGAAACUCCACGCAGUGCCUGCAGCUAACACAGUCCGCUUCCGCUGCCCCGCUGCAGGGAACCCAACCCCCACCAUCCACUGGCUGAAGAACGGCAAGGAGUUUAGGGGCGAGCAUCGGAUCGGAGGCAUCAAGUUGCGACACCAGCAGUGGAGUUUGGUGAUGGAGAGUGUGGUCCCCUCAGACCGUGGCAAUUAUACCUGUGUGGUGGAAAACAAGUACGGCAGCAUUAGCCACACUUACCAGCUGGAUGUACUCGAACGGUCGCCACAUCGGCCUAUUCUCCAGGCGGGAUUGCCUGCCAACCAGUCAGUGGUGGUGGGCAGUGAUGUGGAAUUUCACUGCAAGGUCUUCAGCGAUGCACAGCCACACAUCCAGUGGCUCAAGCACGUGGAAGUAAAUGGCAGCAAAGUGGGCCCAGAUGGAGCUCCCUACGUUACAGUGUUGAAAACUGCUGGUAUUAACACAACGGAUAAGGAAAUAGAAAUUCUGUACUUGCGAAAUGUUACUUUUGAGGAUGCAGGGGAAUAUACCUGCUUGGCUGGUAAUUCUAUUGGGUAUUCGCAUCACUCUGCAUGGCUGUCCGUUCUGCCAGCUGAAGACUUGGUGAAGGAGGAUGACUCUGGCUCAGUCUAUGCAGACGUCCUCAUCUAUGUGACGGGUUGUGUCCUUAUCAUUCUGACUGUUACUAUAGUGAUCAUGUGCAGAAUGCGAACAUCCUCAAAGAAAACCCUGAACCCACCUCCGGUGCAGAAACUCUCCAAGUUCCCACUGAAGAGACAGGUGUCCUUGGAGUCGAAUUCCUCCAUGAAUUCCAACACGCCGUUGGUGAGAAUUGCCCGCCUGUCCUCCAGCGAUUCACCGAUGUUGGCCAAUGUCUCCGAGUUAGAACUCCCAGCCGAUCCUAAAUGGGAGUUUCAAAGACCAAGGCUGACUCUGGGAAAACCCCUGGGCGAGGGCUGUUUUGGUCAAGUCGUCAUGGCAGAAGCCAUUGGGAUCGAAAAAGACAAAGCUAACAAGCCAGUCACUGUCGCUGUCAAGAUGCUGAAAGACGAUGCUACUGACAAAGACUUGUCUGACCUGGUGUCAGAAAUGGAAAUGAUGAAGAUGAUUGGAAAACAUAAAAACAUUAUUAAUUUACUGGGGGCCUGCACACAGGACGGUCCUCUCUAUGUCAUAGUUGAAUUUGCAUCAAAAGGCAACCUGCGAGAAUACCUCAAAGCACGACGGCCCCCUGGCAUGGAUUAUUCCUUUGACACCUGCAAGGUGCCGGAUGAGCAGUUAACAUUCAAGGAUCUGGUGUCCUGUGCCUACCAGGUUGCUCGUGGGAUGGAAUACCUGGCUUCUCAAAAGUGCAUCCAUCGGGACCUGGCAGCCAGAAAUGUGCUAGUGACAGAGGACAACGUGAUGAAGAUUGCCGACUUUGGCCUCGCCAGGGAUGUGCACAACAUUGACUACUACAAGAAAACGACGAAUGGUAGGCUGCCAGUGAAGUGGAUGGCUCCGGAGGCCUUGUUCGACAGAGUCUACACCCACCAGAGUGACGUCUGGUCUUAUGGAGUCCUGUUGUGGGAGAUCUUUACACUGGGUGGAUCGCCCUACCCCGGCAUCCCAGUGGAAGAGCUGUUCAAACUGCUGAAGGAAGGCCAUCGAAUGGACAAGCCUGCCAACUGCACCCAUGAGCUGUAUAUGAUAAUGAGAGAAUGCUGGCACGCAAUCCCAUCACAGAGGCCAACGUUCAAACAGCUGGUCGAGGAUCUCGACAGGGUCCUGACAGUGACGUCAACUGAGGAGUACCUUGACCUGUCGGCACCUUUUGAGCAGUAUUCCCCUGCCUGCCAGGACACACACAGUACUUGCUCUUCCGGGGACGACUCUGUCUUUACCCAUGAUGCUCUGCCUGAUGAGCCUUGCCUCCCAAAGCACCAGCAGUGUAAUGGUGUCAUCAGGACAUGAGAUGAGAAAAAGCAGGACUCCAGGGUGCUGAACUAUGGAAAACUCACACUGAAGGAAAUACACUGAACCUACUGCGGGGAUCUUGUUCCCCAUUUAACUUCCCACCAUUAUUGAGCCUUAUAUCUUCAAGUGCUGUACCCAUCUAAAACAAAAACAAAAAACUGCUUGGCAUGAAGAAAAUUUGUAAUGUAGAAACCGAAAUGGAAAGUUCUGCGAAAAGAAAUCCAGAGGUGAUAACAUUUGACCUCUGGCAUUUUGACUGCGAAAGGAACCAUUCUGUGCCUAAGUUGUGCUAAGAAAGGAAAGUGACACAAAAACAAUUAUUUUUCUUUACAAAAGAGCAUUUAAAUACUUUUUAUUUGUGUGAAGCUGCAGAUUUCAGAAGAGUUGUAAAUAUAUAAAUAUGAAUAUUGUAUGAUAAUGUUUAAAAAACAGUUGUAUACUUAUGAUUUGCUUGUUUAGGAAAAAAAGCAAAAAAAAAUAUAAACAUAAUUCCAAGUAUGAGGAGGCAAAAUCCUAAAAUCAUUGCAGUCUAGGAUAUUCAGUAUUAAUCUGGAAGUUAUUAAAGAAACUCAUUGUGUAGUGGACAAGGGGUAAAAUAGUUCAAAAAUCAAUAAUUAUUUGCAAUCUGAUUAGCAUAUUGUAUAUUUGUAAAGUUGUUCAUAGACUUUAACAUAUCAUUUUGGUUAAGAGAUUUAUAAGUAUAUAGCUUAUUUACUAAUUACUGUACACAGCUUUAGUUAAACUAGGUUCUUAAUUUUUGUUUUACAUGUUUAUAAUUUUUAAUUUAUUACCCAUUGAUUAGACACAAAGGUUAAUGAGGAAAAAAAUAACUAGAAUCAAGUUUUCAAACAUUGUGUAAAAUGAACGUUAUCUGUUCUUAUUUUAGAUUGCAAUGAUUUUUUUUUUCUGUUGUUUAGUAAUCAGAUCCUAGAAUUGUCUUGACUUUUAACAAAUGAAGGUUUGUGCUUUACCUUUGAUGAAGGCACAACAGAGCAAGGGUGCUGACUGUGAAUGAUAACAGUAGGCCUGCUAUACAGAUAUGGUGCCUUGCCUGGAGCUGCCCCAGCAGUAAUGGCCCUGUGAAAGAGCGCUGGCAUUGUGGCCAGGGCUACGGGUGCAAUUCUUGCAGCAAAUGCCCAUUAGAACAGGACACAGUGACAGAUUUUGGCCGCUUAAAGCCAAGUUGUGUCCAAGAUGACAUUUUCCAACUUGACAACAAGUAGGGUCAUAUUCAGGUGCUGGUCACACCUGGAGCAAUUUGAGAUCGUGAAUCAAGUGCGUCACUCUCAGUAGCACAUCGCACAACAUAAUAAAGCACAUUGACUUAGUGUUUUUUUUAAUUAUUUCAUACCCCUUCCCCUGGCGUAUUGGCACCAAGAUGCUAAAUACAGCCAGUGACAUCACCAGAUGUGCAAGUGAGGAGCAGCGUUGUGCUGGCACUUUUGCAACGCUGUGACAAGAGGGUGCAAUGAUUGUGAAUGUUUGCAGAAGACAACUUGUGCGAGAAAGGAUUGCCAGUCAACCACUGACGCCUGUCAUGUAUCAGUGACCUGCGAGUCACUCCCUUCUCUUUAUGCAGGUUAGUGCCACAAGCACAACUUACGUGGUGCAAUUUAAACGUUACGUGCAAUUUUGCAGAGAACUCAUUUGAGGUAAACCCCUUUUCGUUAAAGACAAAAAAAGUAGCUGAAACAGAUGGCCAAAUGGGUAGCAGGCAGUUGCCUGUGAAGCAGAAUAAAACCAUGUAACCAGAAUCAAAAAUAAAGUCCGGUUUGAUUUUAAGUAGGAUUCUGCGGGUACAUUACAAAUAAAAAUUUAGACAGGAAUCCUCUUAAAAUCAACUAAAAAUUCUGUUUGUCUCCUUUAAUCUUUCUUAGGACCAUCAAGCUCUUAUUCAGUAGAGAAGUUAAUUUAAUAGAUUGAAGUUAUCUGUUAACUCUUUAAUACAGACGUAGGAGAUUUAUAGUGGUGUAAUUUUUGUAAAAUGAGAAGACACUUCAUUAUUUUCUUACCGAUCGCUGUUGAUGUGUACAUUCCAGGUACCUAAUGCAUAAAAAACUUUUCCAAUAUUUGAAAUCUGUGCAUGAUUUACAAAAGAAGAACUUAGAUAUAUAUCUAAUUUAUUGAGUUUUUUUACAAAAUAUACGUAUAGUAGCUUCGACUGAACUUAACAUUUGAUAUUCAGUUCCCUUUCUGUAGAUUUAAUCAUGUCAAGCAAUACUGGCAAUAGCUGAGGCUCUCGAUUAAUGUUCCAUGGUUAGAUUGGACCAUUGCCUGUCUCAUUCCACACUCAUGGUGGCCAGAGGUGAGCUCCAAACAAAAGGAACAACCCCCUUAAACCAAUUUGCCUGCCUGAAGCCUGUAAAAGGCCACAGAUGGUCUUGUUGGAGUUAAAUAAUAACUAGCACUGAACAAUAUCUGACUGCCUUUACGAAGCUUUGUUAUUAACAUGGAACUGUUCCAUUCCACAAAAAUAAAAAGAUAUUGUUUUAA